UUCAGGUCGCCCGCCUGAGAAACGCUGUUAUCUCGGACUCAACCGAUCAAAGGGCAAGUCCACGUGCGCGCGCGCCACCGGCAGAGUGACAACUCGACCACUCACAGACAGAAUGAGCAGCUCGAGCGAGGACCUGAACGGCACAGUUGCUGUGAUGAAGGGGGGAGGAGAGAAAACCCAGUGGAAGCUGUUUAUUGAGGAUGUCAGUGUUUUCCAGCUGGUGUUGACGUUCCUCUUUAUGGGAGUGGCGGGUCUGCUGUUGAUUGUAUAUCUGAUGUUCACUACACUGUGGCCCAUCUCUGUCCUCUACUUUACCUGGCAGAUCUAUGACUGGCACAAACCAGAAAGAGGUGGCAGAAGAUCAGCAUUUGUAAGGAGCUGGAAAAUGUGGACACACUUUAAGGAGUACUUCCCAGUAAAGCUGGUGAAGACAGCAGAGCUCAGUCCUAGUAGGAAUUAUAUACUUGGAUGCCACCCACAUGGAAUUAUGAGCAUGGGGGCGUUCUCCUGCUUCAGCACAGAGGCUGGUGGUUUUUCUGAGGCUUACCCAGGAGUGCAGUCCACACUGGCCAUACUGGCCGGACUCUUUCGCCUUCCGAUCUUUAGAGACUACAUCUUGCUUGCAGGCAUGCUUCCGGUCAGUAAGGAAAGUCUAGAGUACAAGCUAAGCCGCGCUGGUAUGGGCAAUGCUCUGGUGAUUAUCAUUGGAGGAGCAGAGGAGUCACUUGCUUGUUCUCCUGGAGCGAACACUGUGGUGAUGAAACACAGGAAAGGCUUUGUCCGGCUGGCCUUGGAGAAUGGGGCUGACCUGGUUCCGGUAUAUUCUUUCGGAGAGAACGAGCUGUUCCCUCAGGUAUUGUUGUCUGAGGGCAGUGUGGGCCGAAAACUGCAAGCUCUCUUCAAGCAAGUCAUGGGUUUCGCCCCGUGCAUUUUCACUGGGGUUCGCUGGCUGCUGCUGCCCAACAAGAGACCGGUCACUACCGUGGUGGGCAGCCCCAUAUCUGUGCCUUAUAUCUGCCAUCCAUCUGAAGAGCAGGUGGACCACUAUCACUCACUGUACAUGGAGGCCCUAUCCAAACUGUUCCAUACUCACAAAACCAGCUGUGGACUGGCUGAAACACAUCAACUACACAUCAUUUAGACACUACACACACACACACACACACACACAAACCUAUAUACAGUGCCAUGAAAAAGACUUUGUUCAAACACUCAAUGACAUUCCAUUUUAAAUUUAAAUCAAACUAUUCAUAAAAGGGAUCCUGAAAGAGUGAAAAACACAAUAUGAUGCAUUUUAUGUGUUUACUAAGAAAAGGUCAUUUGUCCAUGAGCUAAAAAUGCAGCUCAGUUGGGUCAUGCAACAAGACAAUGAUCCAAAGCACAAAUCUACCUCAAACAAUUAAAAGGAAAAUCUAAUCUAAACAUUUGGUAGGGGUUAGUCCAAGUCAGACCUAAACCCUUUUAAAAUGCUGUGUCCGUACCUGAAACAUUACAGCCUACCAAUGAUACUUAGCUGAAGCAGAUCUGGAAUUAAUAGUAGUCCACAGUUGCCACACCGUACUGUGAAAUAUAAAUUAGCUACAACAGAAAGCUUUUGGCUGCAGUUGAUUCUUCUAAUUGAAAUGAAUGGACAAACAAAUUUUCACUUCAGCAUUUAGGUUCUGAAUGUCUCUACUUAAUAAGUAAUAAUAAAAAAUAGUUUAUCGUGUUUUCGCUCCCUCAGGGUCCCUUUUAUACACCAUUAGCUGUGGUGCCUUUCCAGAUGUGAAGCACUUUUGUAAAGUUUUUAUGGCUUUAACACAUCAAUAACAAUUUAUGAUGAUAUGUGUCUAUAUGUCACAGUUUUCAUUAUUUAUAAUCACAAGAUAGGAGGUGCUAAAUGAGAUCAAUUAUUUAUUUACCAACCAGAUCAUUAUUGGUUGUGAAUCACAAUGCUUUUAACUAACCAUAAUGGAAAAGUUGAAAUACUUUUUUGGUUUGCAGAAUUUUGGUUAGAUUUUAGUUAUGCAGAAAUGUCAAUAUACAAAUGUAAUAUUUUAGCAUUCAAUUGUGAUUAUUUAUUAUUUUUAAUUGUAUAAAUUUGUGUAAUUGUGAUAUUUAGGAUGAAAUUUAUAUUUA